CGGCUCGGGGUCAGGGGUCAAGUGUCAGAGCGGCGACGGCGGGUGGGAGGUGGAGAGAAGCGGAAGUGGCCACGGUCGCGCCCGGAACGUCGGACUUCGUUCCGAACAACCAGAAGAGGAUCCUAGAACGCAGGCGCGAGGUCGAGUAGCGGCGGCGCUGCCGAACACGAUCCGCUUCUCACCGAGAACUGACGGCGAUCUCGAGCACGAGUUGAUUUGGAGGCGAAACAACAACAACAACAAAAACGUCGAGGGCCAGUCCGACCCCGACAUUGGGACGGGACCCGAAUCCGGAACUCCGCACCCCCCCCCCCCGACUCUGGACGGGACCUCGACGCCGACCUCACUCGGGGGGUUCAACGCAGGACGCGGCAAUCUCUGACGGACCUGAAGCCGACCCGGCGCUGAAGCAGCAACCGUUGCGUCGCAGCCGACAUGGACUUCGACUAUGAGGAGGAUAAACUGGGCAUCCCGACCAUUCCCGGGAAGGUAGUGAUCCAGAAGGACCCGCAGAACAUGAUCGGCAUCAGCAUCGGCGGCGGCGCGCCGCUCUGCCCGUGCCUCUACGUGGUGCAGGUGUUCGACAAUGCUCCGGCAGCGAAGGACGGCACGCUGAUGGCGGGCGACGAGAUCGUGGGAGUGAAUGGGAAAUCGGUGAAGGGCAAGACUAAAGUGGAGGUGGCGAAAAUGAUUCAAGCUGUGAAGGGUGAAGUGACCAUGUACUACAAUAAGCUACAGGCCGACCCCAAACUAGGGAAGACCAUGGACAUUGUGAUGAAGAAGGCGAAGCACCGUCUGGUGGAGAGCAUGAGCUCGUCGACGGCCGACGCGCUGGGACUCAGCCGCGCCAUCCUGUGCAACGAUGGCCUCGUUAAAAAACUGGAUGAACUGGAACGCACGGCUGAGCUGUACAAAGGCCUGAUGGAGCACACCAAGAGGCUGCUGAAAGCCUUCUUUGAGCUCUCACAGACUCAUAAAUCGUUUGGCGACGUCUUCUCCGUGAUCGGGGUGCGGGAGCCUCAGCCUGCCGCCAGCGAGGCGUUCGUCAAGUUUGCCGAAGCCCAUCGCAGCAUCGAAAAGUUUGGCGUGCGGCUGUUGAAGACCGUGAAGCCGAUGCUCAGUGACCUCAACACGUACCUCAACAAGGCCGUGCCCGACACGAAGCUGACCAUCAGGAAGUACGCCGACACCAAGUUUGAGUACCUGUCAUACUGCCUCAAGGUGAAGGAGAUGGAUGACGAGGAAUACAGCUACGCGGCCUUGCAGGAGCCGCUGUACCGUGUGGGCACCGGUAACUAUGAGUACCGGCUCAUCCUGCGCUGCCGCCAGGAUGCGCGCGCUCGCUUCGCCAAACUGCGCAAGGACGUCAUGGAGAAGAUCGAGCUGCUGGACCAGAAGCAUGUGCAAGACAUUGUGUUCCAGCUGCAGCGCUUCGUGUCGGCGAUGUCGCGCUACCACGACGACUGCAACGCGGUGCUCAAGGAGGCGGACGUGUUCCCCAUCGAGGUGGACCUGGCGCGCACCAUGCUCAGCUACGAGUCGCAAGGACCCUACGCCGAGACCGGCCACCGCCGCCGCCAUGACGACGAGGACGACGGCGACGACGACGACGAGGAGGACAACAGAGGUGGCGACGACGAGGAGGGGGGUGAUGGAGGAGGCCAGGACGACGGGGCCGGGAUGAUGGCCGACGACGGGACGGAGGAGAACGGGGAGAAGCUCAUCGAUGACUUGUGAUGCGGUGGCGGUAGGAGGUUGUUGGCGGUGGUGAGGUUGGAGGAGGUUGUGAUAGAGGAGGAGGUCGUAAAGGUGGUGGAGGUCGUGCAGGUGCAGGAGGUGUUGGUGGAGUUGGAGGCAGCGAUGGGGAGCGGUGGUUGAGAUGGAGGUAUCAUCGGCUUAUUAUUUGGUUACUUUUCUGAUUUUAAUUGAAAAUGUAUGCACACCUGUUUGUGCAAGCAAGUGUGCAUAAAUGCAUAAGCCAGUGCGUGUACCCACGGGUACACGCAGCGGCUGCACCUCUUAUACCUACACGUACAUACAUGUAAAUAAAUCAUUGUAUGCGCAUGCAUGUACAUGCAUGUGUAUAACACGUGCACGUGCAUAUGUGUACCACAUGCCAAUUACACGUGCACGCAUUCCAGUAACACGUGCAUCCUUAGCAUGAACGGCACAGCACAUGUGCACGUGUCGCCCCACAUAGGUUCUUCGAGGCGUGCAAGACGCACACGUGUACACGCAUUCAUGUGCAUAUGUGCAAAGUUCAUAUCUGUACAUAUGUGCGUGCCUGGACGUAUAAAAGUGUAACGCACACACGUGUAUCCCUGUACACAUGUGCAUGUAUCGCAUGUUUACCUGUGCUAGUACGACUGUGUGGGAUGUGAACAUGUGUAUUACACGUGGCUCACGUAGAUGUAUGCACAGGUGUAUACUGCACAGGUGUAUACUGCACCUGUACACGUGCACGUACGUACAAGUGUAUAUCUGUGACUACGUGUAGUCAUGUAUGCAGUCUACGUUAACGGUGCAUACAUGUGCAUUGUAUGUGCAUAUGCAUAUAACAGUAAAUCGUCAUAUACACAGUGUGACACGUCCUGUGGUGUACAUGUAUGUAGACCUGUACGCAUACACUUGUACGCAUACGCCUGUGCACAUACAUGGGUAACACCUACUGCAACUGGACACGUGUAUAUCAUGGACACGUGUACGCCAUCUACUUUGCCGUCUCGUUCGCCAGCAAUAACUUUGGGGGGGGGGGAAGGGAGGGGGGAUUAUUGUGGCAGGGGGAGCUGUCGUUCUUACCCGAAGGCGUUACAUUUCUCUGAGUAAAUUAUUGGGCGGUGGUGGUGGUGGGGUGGGGCGUUAGGCACAGAUGGGAGCACCAGAGCAACCCCCCCGCCUUUUCUGGUCAUGUCGUUGAAUUCAAAAUGUUCGAAGGGGUUUCCUAAGGGGGGUUGCCUGGUCUGGGGUUACAAACCCCUUGACGUCCACGUGCAGUGGGUGAAUGUGUAAAUAUUGGGCAUAUCACUCCACAGUACUAACGAUAAUCCUUAAACUAAAUCUUGCGUCCGACUAUAAAGCUUCCCAAAGCUUAUUUAUGCUGCGUUUUCUGUAUUUUCAACAUUCAAUGUUUAGAGGUGAAACCCUUGAAAUAGCAAGCACUGGUUGAGUGGAAUAACAACUACCUUAAGCACAUGUUAGGCAUGGGAUGGAUCAUCCUGCGCGUGGACCAUUGAUGAUUUUCUACGACUGUUUUGUGCAAUUGGUUUACGUGAAACCUGCAGCUCGCUACAUUCAACAACACGACGUUAGGAGUGUAGAACAUUGAAUAGUGACUCCCGAGUUGUGACAUUUAAUUGAAUCAGCAGGGGGAUAAAUUGUUACUUGCCUAAUGUGUGUGCGCACGUGUGUAUAUACUGUGUGUACAUGCGUUCACAACAACGAGUGGAGCACUGGGCGGCUAAAACGCAGCAACUUGACAUUGCGGAGCAGAGGUGGUGCACGCUCCAGUCAUCCCAGUCAAUCAACCUAUGGCACCUGGGUCUGUCCCUUGACCACCUUAACGUGGCCCCAAAGUGCACCUAGCCUGGCACAAGUCCCGUGAUGAUAUCACUGCCACUUAGUGGCGAACGGCAGUUGUUGCUGUCCAGCGAACUACGUUCACCGAAGUCCGUUGUUAGUCCUGGUGUCGGGAGGAAAGCUCCCACGCUGCAGUUUCCUCUGGGUUGUGGGUUAAUAUUAACCCACUAUCCAGGAAGGUUCUGUGCUGAGUGAAUUAUAUGGUUUAAAGAUAGGGCUAGGGUUCGUUUUCAUUGUUUGGGCUAUGAGGCGAGGCUUCGUGAUAUGGUUACAGAUGAGUGCUAAUAUGCCGAAGAUUAGGCUAAUGGUUUAGGGUUAAGAGGCGAGGGGUAUGGAUAGUGCAAUAUUACAGCGAGGAUUAUAGUUCUAUACGGCGAGGAAGGCUUUGGGCUCUGAUAGCUGGCAGCGCUCGUGCCCACGGGGUCCACCGUGUGUCAGGCUGGAGUCGAUGAGAGAGACCGCGUCUCUGCGUCAUUGUCCUCACUGGAAGAGGCGGGGGAGGGAGAGACACGUGCCACAGGGCCACAGGGUUCACAUUUGUUUAUGCGAAGUGGCGCGCGUGUGUUUGUCUUUGAGUCACUUUGUUCAAAGCAACGACGUAGCCAAGGGAGUGGCACGUGUGCGGUUACGCACGUACGCACGCGUGUGUGUGUUACAGACGCAUGUGUUGCUUACGCGUCUGUGGGGAGCGGUAGUGUGGGGGUUAUCGCGUUGCGCUACGAACCCAGGCUAUCCGGGUUGGAUUCCCGCUCACGGUUCUCAUUGGUGACGAUUAUCUGAACUGGUCCUGGGCCUGUCCUAGGUCGACUCGGCCUCAAAUGAGUACUUUGUGCGGUGUGUAAACAUUGCCACCGGGUGUCGUGUUGUCCACCCCCCCCCCCCCCCCCCACUGCUUCGUGUGCCGUUCCGGCCUUCAUCGGUGCUCGCUAACAGCACUUGCCCCAACAGUCUGUUCAGGCUAUAAGGGUGAUCUUUGUUACAGACAGCUCUCUUGUUCAGCCUUAUAGACACGUGUUUGCAAGCACCUAUUAUAAGGCUGGCAUAUUACCAGUUAUUGUGUUGGUGUGGCCAGCCCAACACACGUCCUUCAUAAUAUUUGUCCUAAAUAGGUGCUCACUUAAUCAAGCACUGGCCUCUAACAGUCUGUUAAGGCUGUAUGGGGGAUCUUUGUUUGAGGUUUUUUUCCAACAACAAAAGAAACCUAAGACCACUACUGAUGCUGUUCUCUAAUGCAUAUCAUUCAAUAAAAAUGUUAUACUGGGA